CGGAACGAGCGAGCGAGCGAGGGAGAGAGAGAGGACAGAGGACAGAAGCGAAUAGCAGGCGAGGCGAAGAGAGGAGGCGAGGGGAAGCAAGGAUGAGGGGCGGCGGCGGCGGGAUGGACGACGACGAGCGGGUUGGACACGCGCAGAUCCCGAAUAGCUUCGGCCACGAGCUCCGCGCAUGCCUCCGCUGCCGCCUCGUCAAGACCUACGACCAGUUCAGGGAGAAUGGCUGCGAGAACUGCCCCUUCCUGGACAUGGACAAAGAUCGCGACAACGUCGUCAGCUGCACCACCGCCAACUUCACUGGGAUAAUAUCACUGAUGGAUCCCACUAGGAGUUGGGCUGCUCGUUGGUUGAGAAUUGGGAGGUUCAUUCCAGGGUGCUAUACGCUGGCCGUCUCAGAGGAACUUCCGGAGGAGUAUCAAGGGAUGUGCCAAGACAACAACGUACAGUAUUUCCCUCCCAAGCGCCCCUGAGCUGGCUCGAAGUUGAUGCAGUUGUGAUCCUGGACCCGUACUUUACAUAUAGUUGCACCUGUAAUGUAUGCUGAUUAAACUGCCGCCAGUGUUAUGCAUCCUCAAGCGAUUUGUCGAACGCUUCUGUACGACCUGGAGACAUUUUAAGCUGAACUAGUUCAUCGCACA